AUGAAAUACUUGGCAGUCCUGGUGAUUUUAUAGGCAGCAUUGCUUUGUACGUGCUAUUCUAAAAGCACUGAAGAGAAGGAGAAAUCAGUAUAUUUCAUUUUCUCAGAGGAAUGUUUCGAUAAAUUAGUGAUCUAAAAAGAUUUCUUAAAUAUUGAAUGCGUUAAAAAGACUUUAUCUGAAUUUAUUAGUUAUUCAAUAGUAGCAUUAUCAGUCAUUUUGAAAGCACCUUAGAUAUUUAAAAUAGUUCAAAAGUCAAAAGUCACUGGAUUAUCAUUUGAUUCAAUUUUCUUUGAACUCUUUGUUUAUUCCUUUUCUAUUGCUUAUAACGUGCAUAAAGGAAAUCCUUGGAAACUUUAUGCAGAAAAUGUUGCCAUUUUAUUUUAAACUGUGAUUAUCGUUGCACUUUUUAAGGUUUAUGAGAAAUCAUUCACUCUGAGAUAAUUUUAUUUAAGAAUUGCCAUUUUCCUUGGAGUAAACUUGCCACUUUUCACAGGACUCAUUCCUAAUAGUAUCUUUAACUUAGCUAUCAUCAUAAAUAUCUGUUUGAUUUUGUUUGCAAGACUACCUUAAAUUUGGUCAAACUUUAGAAAUAAAGACACUGGUUAACUUGCUUUUAUAACUAUCUUUUUGUAAUUCGCAGGAGCAGCAGCAAGAUGUUUCACUAUUCUAGUCAGCUCAACUGAUGGAAUGUUGAUUCUCCUCAAUAUCAUUAGUGUAACCUUGAAUUUUACUCUAGUGUUCUAAAUGAUAGCAUAUUGGAAUUCUAAGAAAGGAAAGCAAGAUUGAGUUAAUAAUAUAAAAUUUUAAUCAAAAAUUAAUAAUUUUAAUAA